CUGUUUCCCAGCAGCUCAUCUCACCCCAUCUCCACAAUCUACCGUAUAAGCAUAUAGACUCAACCAAAGGAUGCGCUCAACUCCAGUACCCUUAGGUGCGGGGCCUAUAGCCCCGCUGCUCGAGCACGUCCGGAGCACGCUCAACUUCGACCCGAUGCCGUGGAUCAACCUCGGCCUGCUGCUUCUCGGGCUGGUCACGUCGCUCCGCUCCGUGGGGAAUGUGCUGUACAGAUACGCGGAGAAGAGCUGUCUGGCGACGGUCGUCGUGCAGUCGGAGGAUCCGCUGUAUGCGGAGGUUGUGCGCUGGCUGAAUGACACCGUCUUUGCCGAGCGGAAUUUCCUCAGCGUGCUCGCCGAAACGGAGAAUCAGGAUAUCCAUGCGUUCACCGGGGGUCCUGGAAGGGCCAAGUGGGGGAAGCAGGUGGAAAAAGGGGGUUGGGGACCACCGCCACCGCCGCCCCCGCCACCGAAGAUGGAGAGCGGGCAGCUGAUGAACUACCGCGAGGCGGACGACACAUCCGUCAUCGAACUGAAGCCGUUUCAGGGGUCGCGGCUGUUCCGCUUCAGGUCGCGGUGGAUCUAUUUCAAGCAUAGCCCGUCGAGCCCCGAGAAUAUCGGCCGAGCUGGACAGGGAUCCAGCUCCGGGUUGAUCGAGAGCAGCCCGCAGCUCACACUACAAUGCUUGAGCCUCUCGCUGGCCCCGCUGAAGGAGCUGCUAGACGAAGCCCGGGGGCACGCCCGCCGAGUCGCCGUCUCCAGCCUGACCAUCUACCGCACCCGCCCCGGGAACCGGGAGAUGCUGCGCUGGUCGGCGGUCGCGUCGCGGCCGCCACGGGACAUCGCAACGGUCAUCCUGCAGCGGAGCAAGAAGGAGAGGAUCCUACGCGAUAUCAACGAGUACCUGCACCCGGCUACGCGGCGGUGGUACGCGAACCAUGGGAUCCCCUAUCGGCGCGGGUACCUGUUCUCGGGCCCGCCGGGGACGGGCAAGACAAGUCUUGCGUCGGCGAUUGCGGGGGUGUUUGGGCUGGAUAUCUAUGUCUUGAGUUUGAAGGAUCCAACGAUGACGGAGCCGCACUUUAUGAGGUUGUUUUCGGAGGUGCCGGCGAGGUGUGUGGUGUUGUUGGAGGAUAUGGAUGGGGCGGGACUGAAGAGGGAAGAGACGGCGAAUGUGCAACGCACGAGGGAGCGUCAUGAUCGAGAUCGGGAUCGUGGGGGGAGAGGGGAGGGUGACAGAGAGAAAGCGAGAGACAGAGACCGCGAGAGAGAACGAGACCGAGACCGAGCGCUUCUCAACACCCUCACCUCGCAAACCGCACCAGCAAUUUCUCUCGCCGGCCUCCUGAACGCCAUCGACGGCGUCGCCGCCCACGAAGGCCGCAUCCUCAUCAUGACCACCAACAACCCACAGGAUCUCGACCGCGCGCUCAUCCGACCGGGCCGUGUGGACCUGCAUAUUCGGUUUGAGCUGCCGAGCCAUGAGGAGCUCUGGAGUUUGUUUCUAAGCAUCUACCGCGAUACGCCGCUUGAUGUGGCAUGGUCGGAGUCGCCAGUUGAGACUGAAAAAGAUAACGAGAAGAUAGAAGUGCAAAACAAGGGAAACCUGCCGACAGGGGCCGAGCUGGAGGCUCUGGCGGAUAGCUUCUCGAAGCGCAUACCCCAAGGAAGAUUCAGUGUCGCAGAGGUACAGGGCUUCCUGUUACGAUAUAAGCGGCAGCCGCACGAGGCUUGCGAAAAGGUCGGUGAGUGGGUGGAGGAGAUGGACGAGACCAAGUCUAUGGACGGCUAGUAUUGGAUUAGAUCGUCAAAAGAUUAUGGAUAUAACACAAUAUGGAAUCGGUCAAUAUGGUACUUGGAAGACCUGUAAACAGACAGCUGCACAUGCCCAGAGCAAACCCUUGCUACCACAUGGUGUUGUCUGCAACAGAACCCGCCCGACAGACUUACGGCCUCAACCAACAAGUAAUGGGACGGCUAUCCCGAACACAUGGGAGGACAGGUCGAGAUUAAAAUCCUACGACGGAAAUAUGCCUCGGGCGGUUAUAAUGCGUAGACACUUCCAAACCCGCAGG